AUGGACCAAGAUGACGGCACUUCCACGAUAUCCGCCCUCAUAGCCCGCAUAGAAGCCUACACCUCCGACCCGAGCUCCUUCACCAUACCCGCAUCAUGGACACGCCACGAGCAAUGGCUCCAUGAUGAAGACCAACGCAUUGAUGCUGCAACUCAACUCGCAGAAGAGCUGAUGGCAUUGCAGAGCAUCUACACCGAUGAUGCGGUUCAUCUCUUACGAACCAUGCCUCUCGACGGCCAGCCUUCUACGUCAAGCGACGAGCAGCCGGGCAAAGAAGACACCGCCGACCCAAACUCCUGGCUACCAGGCUGCAAGCUCACGCUAUCCAUAUCCACCGACGUCGAGACCACAGAUGAGGACCCAAUACCAAUACGACUUGCAGCUACUCUGCCGCCGUUCUACCCGCACAGUGCAAGACCGCCGCAGCUGCAAUUGCUGUCCAAGUACGUGGGCGGGUUCAGUGUAGACGCCAAGCUGUUCGGCGAGAUAUUGAGGGCGUUCUAUCAUCAGGUGGAUCAUGCUGAUGGAGAAGCAGCUCAUGCGGAAGAGACGAGUGCUACUGCAGCGUGGGUUGGAGGGAGCAUGGACAAGGGGGUUCAAUGGUCCUCUGGAGAAGUGGUGUUGUUCGAAGGGAUAGAAUGGGUCAAGGAGAAGGUGACGGAUUGGUGGAACGGGAAGGAAGCGGAACGUGUCAAAGCCGCUCCUUCUCUCCCUACAAACGACGACUCAACACAACCUGCAAAUACCAGCAUCACCACCUUCUCCGACGCAACACCAGUCACCCAGCGUCCAAGCCCUUUUGCAGGAACACUCCAUCAAACCCAGCCCAUCAUCGAACGAAAAUCCGAAUUCAUCGGCUACGCCGCCCGUCUCACCUCACCCGACCAAGUCGCAUCCGUCCUCUCACGCAUUCUCUCCGACAAACGAGUUGCACGAGCCACGCACCCGAUUAUCAACGCCUGGGUGUGCAGAGCUGCUGACGGCGUGGUGCACCGCGAUUGCGACGACGACGGCGAGACCGCGGCGGGUGGAAGGCUGGCGCACCUGCUGAGCAUUUUGGAGUUGGAGAAUGUGAUCGUCGUGGUGACGAGGUGGUACGGUGGUGUGCAUUUGGGUCCGGAUCGGUUCAAGUUGAUCAAUAGGGCGGCGAGGGAGGCGUUGGAUUUGGGUGGGUUUGUUGGAAAGAAUGCGGGUGAGGAUGCGGGCAAGGGCAAAGGUAUGGGCAAGAGGAACGUAUGA